UAUGACGAGCGACAAAAAAUCUGGAAACAAUAUCACAAUAAGUUUCCCUUCAAGUUUAUCAAGGAUAUUUUUCUGGAGAUGAACGCAGUGAAAUAAAUCUAAAUAUUUCAAGUUACAACUUAACGUGAAUUGUUAUACAUUUCUUGUAAUAACUUACGGAGUAUAAAGUUACAGCUAAAAUACAAAUUGUUAUACUCUUCAUGUAAUAACUCCUGGUGUAUAAAGUUACAACUUAAUGUGAAUUAUUCCACCGUCAUUAAAAACCUUUUGUUUCAGGCCUGCUGGACAUGGGUGCCGGCCCCACCAGGGAGACAGAGCCGGCUGUCCGACCAGAUACGGACGAGCCCACUGACCCCGACAAACCGUCACAGGUCACUGAACUCCAUGAUCCAGUCACCAAGUUUAAUGCCAGGAAAAAGUGGGGAGCAGCCGCCAUUAAACUCGCAGCGACCACCGCUUUCCACAGGGCGAGUCGCCAAGCUAAAGACAGACAAGCCAAAAGCUCUACUGUAGACCAAUCUGACAGUAAUACGUUGGGAAACCGGGUGGCUUCCCUUAGCAGGGGAGACAAUCGUUCAAAGGAAUACAACCAACUUUCUGCGGAAAGCAAAGAAGAUGGUGGCGUCAUAUUGUAUGGCAACGGUGCUGGAAGUAUCAUAAGGACACUUUCUUUGUAUCAAUAUGGUCGUGCGCAGGACAUUGUAUCAACAUAGCCGUGGUCAGGACAUUGUAUCAACA